ACAAACACAAACAAAGGAGGAAUAAAAGAAGCAAGGGAGCCGUUUCAAUGGCAUAUCCCACCUACUACUACCACUACUACUAGUUGCUUGCUUGACAGAUACUGGCCUACUGUCUCCCACGUGUAGUGCAUCUUAUGAGUUGUUUUAUAAAUGCUGAUGGCUGAUGCGUAUAUUCCAUGUUUGAAGUGUAAAGCAUUGAUCCCUCAGUAUGUAAAAGAGGUUCAUGCCACAGAAUGUCAUGUAUUGAAACUUCGGUCAUUUUCACAUCCUAGGAUCACAGGUUCAUCAUUAAUUGCUCAGGCAUUGAUUAUUGGAGGUCAAGGUUCAGUUGUAAAAGAGAGUGGCUCAAAGAAUAGGGCUAACAAGCAGAAUGAAACUCAUGAAAAGAAUAGUACUAGCAAAAUGCAGAAAGGAAGUAAGGAAGAGAAAAAGGAGAAGAGUCCAACAUCAGGCAUAGAAGAACCAGAUUGGCUCAAAAAGAUAUGGCCUGGUUCUCAUUACAGGAUGGCAGUAAUAAAUGAGUUUGAUUUGAUACAUUGCAAUCUGACUGCUUUCACACCGGUUUUGCUGGAACAUUCUGGCAAUUCAAAUGCUUUCAUUGUAGUGCCAGACAAUGGAAUCCGUGUAGGGCAUGUGAUGCUACAUAACAUUGGUGUUAUGCAGUAUUUCUCAUCUGUUUCUUCAAAUACAUUGAUUACAAUUAGGAAACUAGCUAAUAUUAAAUUUGCCAAAGAGAUACAACUAAGUCCAAAGCAGCCACUCUCCAAAGAGGAAUGUAUUACAAUGGAAAUUCACAUGAAGACAUUGAUGUUCUCUAGUUUUCCAUUAGGGGCUCCUUUUACCAUCAGGGAAAAUUGUCUUGUAUACCCUAAUUCUGCCGAAGAAGUUGAUUCCCAGGUCUUCCACAGUCAAAAGUUGCAUUGUGCAAGAGGAAUGUUUUAAUGUUGAUUCAAAACAGACCAGUUAUUGGAGGAUAUGAGUGCUCUUCAUAUUCAAAGUUCUGAUGAGGUCACAGAUGUAGAAAGUUCUGUGUCAGAACCAUCUCUGUUUGCUGACAGAAAUGAUGAAGAUCAUGAUGGAAGCACAUUAUCUCAGGCUGCAUAUAUCACCAUAGAUGAGUAUAAAGAAGGUGAUUCAUUAGAUGAACUAAAAGAUGAUGAAUGUUUUGUGACUUCUACUCCUAAUAGAAAAUUUAAUAAGGAUACAACUAACAUUUGCAAAACCCUUCUGUCUUCAAAGAGUUAUGCAAAUGUUACUUGUCUCGAGCCAGUGUCAAAAGAUUUGGCUUCAAAAAGAUCUAAAGAGUCUGCAUCAAAUUUUUGGUUUAGGGUUGGAAGAGACACCAAGAUUACUGUUGAAAGAAGGUUCAAAAGUAACUCUCCAGUUACUCAACAAACUUUAAAGAGGGAUACAUACUGUAAAGAUAACCUUUACUUCAUGUUGAAAAAAAUUGUGGAAAAUAAGUUGAAAAACUCAGAGACAGACAAUCCAUUUUUAAGUGGAUGGAAUGGGAUUCUUCUGUAUGGUCCACCAGGUACUGGGAAGACUCUCCUUAUUGGUGAAAUAGCACGUGACAUGAAUGUUCCUGUUGUGGCACUUUCAUUAGAGAAUGUUGUUGGGUCAUCUAAUGGAGGAAGUGAGAGUGUACGGCAAAAGUUUAGAUUGGCUGUUGAAAGAGCACCAUCCUUUUUGUUCAUUGAUGAGAUUGACUCAUUAUGUCCAGUAGGGGAUCACAGGAUUUCUCGAGAUAAAGAUCUAACUAGAGCAGUGAUUAAUGGAAUCCAGCUUUUAAAGACAGCAGAUAAUCCUGUAUUCUUAAUUGCUGCAACAAGUCGGAUUGAAGGAGUUUCUCAGAAAUUACGCUGUUCUGGCAGAUUUGAUAAAGAAAUAUUGGUGCCUCUACCCACUGCUCAGCAAAGAUCUCAAAUACUACAUAAGCUUAUAUCAUCUCAUCGGCAUAAUGUACUCUCAGAAGACAUCACCUCUAUAGCAAGACAAGCCUAUGGUUUUUCAGGAGCAGAUCUUAAUUUACUGUUGAAAUGUGCUUGGUUUAGAUGUGUGCAAAAGAAUAAGAAGAAUGAGGGUGAAGAAGUGGAUUUUGUUUUGAGUAAAGAGGAUCUUCAAGAAGGGAUGGCAGGAGUUUCACCUACAGUACUGAGACAAAACUAUCAAGCUAUUUCUUUGGUGAGGUGGAGCGACAUAUACGGAUAUGAAUCUCUAAAGUCCAGAUUGCAGACACUGAUGCAGUUGCACAUUGCAGAACCAGAGAAUCAUCCAUUAAGGGGAAUAUUGCUUUAUGGGCCCCCAGGAUGUUCUAAGACAAUGUUUGUGAAAGCCUUGGUAACUGAAACGAGCUUCAGCUUCUUCCCUGUGAAGUGCUCAGAUCUCUUUUCCAAAUAUGUUGGAGAAACGGAAAAAUCACUAGUUAGAGUUUUUGAACGAGCAAGACAGGCUUGUCCAUCCAUUAUCUUUAUGGAUGAAGUAGAUAGUUUAUGUGGUGAUCGAGCUGGUGGUAGUGGCCUGGUAUCUGAGCUGCUGUCGUUAAUGUCAGAAAAUGCACUGCCUGGGAAUAUUCUAGUUAUUGGAGCUACUAAUAGACCACAUGCCUUAGAUGAGGCACUUUUAAAACCUGGAUGCCUUGAACAAGUCAUCCACAUAGAUUUACCCGACUAUGACUGUCGCUGUGCCAUGUGGUCUGGUAUACUCAAGGAUGUACCCUGCUCUGGUGAAGUUGAUAUAGCUAAACUAAGCCAAGCCACUGAAGGCUAUUCUGGAGCAGAGAUAAGAGGAGUUUACCAGCAAGCAGCACAGUCCAUCAUAUCAUGCUUGGCCUCAAGAAAAGAACAAGAAAAAGUGGGUGAUACUCAUUGUGUUACCAUGAGUGAGAACUGCAUCUUGGAAUCCAUAGCAUCUCUGCCACCUCGAACUCCAGCAGCUUUGCUUGCAAAAAUUAAAGAAUUUUCAGUCAGUCGAAGCUCCUUGUCAGCUAGAUGACAAAGCACUUUCUAUUUAAGAAUGUUAAUUAAGAUAAUUAUUAAUUAUUUUAUAUUAAAAUUUUGCCCUUUGAAUGUUUUUUUUUAAUUUUGUACCUUCUAUGUCUGAAAUAAUAGUGAAAUUAAGGAAGUUCUUGUACCAGAUAUAAGUUUUAAUAUUCAGGAACUAUAAUGCUUGGUAAUAUACUUUAACAGCAGUCAACCUAUUUCAAAAAGAUAUAAAAGUU